AUGGAUCCCUACUCAGCAGAAGGCGAGCUCAUCAACAUACACAACCACUUCCACCAGGGCCAGUACCAGGAAGUAGUCGACUUCGACACCUCUGCCCUAUCAGCCGAGAAUGCGCUUCCCGCCCAUAUCCUCGUCCUCCGAUCCCGACUCGCCCUAGGCCAAGCCGAAGAUGUGCUAGCAGAGGUCCAAGGAGAGUCAGAACCGGAGCUCGCUGCUGUGGCUGCGCUGGCAGAAUACAGCUUGGGCAAGACGGAUGCGGCGGUGAAGACGGUCGAGGAGCUGGCUUCGUCGGCUGGCGACAACCAGACCGUUCAGGUUCUCGGAGGUACUGUUUUGCAGGCCGCUGGCAAGUCGGAAGAGGCUCUCGCGCUCCUCUCGCAGCACACUGGCAGUCUUGACGCGGUUGCUCUAAUUGUGCAAAUCCACCUUCAACAAAACCGAACGGACCUGGCAGUCAAGGAAGUCGCUGCUGCACGAAGAUGGGCACAGGACAGCCUGCUUGUCAAUCUUGCGGAAUCGUGGGUUGGCCUGCGACUGGGUGGUGACAAGUACCAACAAUCAUUCUACGUCUUCGAAGAACUCGCACAAGCUCCCUCGACGUCCUCAAUCACAACGCUGGUCUCGCAGGCCGUAUGCGAACUACACCUGGGAAGAGUGGAGGAGGCGCAGACUGCGCUGGAACAGGCAGUGCAGAAGCAGCCCGACUACGCUGAAGCUAUUGCCAACCUCCUGGUGCUGACUGUCGUCAUUGGCAAGAACGCUACAGAACUCACAAGUUCGUUGAAGACGGCAGCACCGCAGCACCCUUUCCUAGCCGACAUCGAAGAGAAGAGCUCCUUAUUCGACAAGGCGGCGACGAAGUUCAGCCCCAAGGUUUCCGCUUGA